CCAGUCGAGGAAGAGGAUUUGCUUUGCUCGAAAUCGGAGUAAGGGAAGCACCGAAGCGAAACUUAAAAGGAAUCUUGCCCUCCCGGAGCACAGGCGAUGCGCCUCGGGCCGCCGGGCGCCGCCGCCGCCCGCCCGGUUUCGCCCUUUCCGGCAGUCGGGAACUUGUGCUGAUCCUCGGUGCCCUUCGAAUCCCCGCUCCCCACCCCUCGGCACCCUGGAUAUGUUUUCUCCCAGACCUGGAUAUUUUUUUGAUAUCGUGAAACUACGAGGGAAAUAACUGCGGGGCUUUUUUCUUGUCUCCCUGCUUCUCCCCACAGACAUGCCUUCACUUUGGGGGGCCGAGGCACCCUGUCCUGGGCGAAUGAACACCCGCAGCCGCAAGGGAGAGAAAUGAAGGGAAUUUCGGCAGCGGAAUGAAAGCUCUGCAGCUCGGCCCUCUCAUCUGCCAUUUGUCCUUUCAAACUGCAUUGUAAUACGGGCCGGAUAAGUCCGACGAGAGCGAGGACUAGCCUCCCGGCCGCGUUUCUCCGCCCUCGUUCACUUUCCGUAUUUCUUUUCAAUGCUCUCCUGCUUCUUGGCUAGCCCAGGGAUGACUUCGUCGCUGCGGCGGCCCCGGCGGGUGCCCUCGCUGCUGUGGACUGUCCUGCUGGUCAGCGCUGCGGCCGCUUCUCAGAAUCAAGAACGUCUUUGUGCAUUUAAAGAUCCAUAUCAACAAGACCUUGGGAUAGGUGAGAGUCGAAUCUCUCAUGAAAACGGAACAAUAUUAUGCUCAAAAGGUAGCACCUGCUACGGCCUUUGGGAGAAAUCAAAAGGGGACAUAAAUCUGGUAAAACAAGGAUGUUGGUCUCACAUUGGAGAUCCCCAGGAGUGUCACUAUGAAGAAUGUGUAGUAACUACCACUCCACCCUCAAUUCAGAAUGGAACAUACCGUUUCUGCUGUUGUAGCACAGACUUGUGUAAUGUCAACUUUACUGAGAAUUUUCCACCUCCAGACACAACACCACUCAGUCCACCUCAUUCAUUUAACCGAGAUGAGACAAUAAUCAUUGCUUUGGCAUCAGUCUCUGUAUUAGCUGUUUUGAUAGUUGCCUUAUGCUUUGGAUACAGGAUGCUGACAGGAGACCGUAAACAGGGUCUUCACAGUAUGAACAUGAUGGAGGCAGCAGCAUCAGAGCCCUCUCUUGACCUAGAUAAUCUGAAACUGUUGGAGCUGAUUGGCCGGGGUCGAUAUGGAGCCGUAUAUAAAGGUUCCUUAGAUGAACGUCCAGUUGCUGUAAAAGUGUUUUCCUUUGCAAACCGUCAGAAUUUUAUCAAUGAGAAGAACAUUUACAGAGUGCCUUUGAUGGAACAUGACAACAUUGCUCGCUUUAUAGUUGGAGAUGAGAGAGUCACUGCAGAUGGACGCAUGGAGUAUUUGCUUGUGAUGGAGUAUUAUCCCAAUGGAUCUCUAUGCAAGUAUUUAAGUCUCCAUACAAGUGACUGGGUAAGCUCUUGCCGUCUGGCUCAUUCUGUGACUAGAGGACUGGCUUAUCUUCAUACAGAAUUACCACGAGGAGGUGAAUCUGUACCAGAAUACCAGAUGGCUUUUCAGACAGAGGUUGGAAACCAUCCCACUUUUGAAGAUAUGCAGGUUCUGGUGUCUAGGGAAAAACAGAGACCCAAGUUCCCAGAAGCUUGGAAAGAAAAUAGCCUGGCAGUGAGGUCACUCAAGGAGACAAUCGAAGACUGUUGGGACCAGGAUGCAGAGGCUCGGCUUACCGCACAGUGUGCUGAGGAGAGGAUGGCUGAACUUAUGAUGAUAUGGGAAAGAAACAAGUCUGUGAGCCCAACAGUCAAUCCAAUGUCUACUGCUAUGCAGAAUGAGCGCAACCUGUCACACAAUAGGCGUGUGCCAAAGAUUGGCCCUUAUCCAGAUUAUUCUUCUUCCUCAUACAUUGAAGACUCUAUCCAUCACACUGACAGCAUUGUGAAGAAUAUUUCCUCUGAGCAUUCGAUGUCCAGCACUCCUUUGACUAUAGGGGAAAAGAACCGAAACUCGAUUAACUAUGAACGGCAGCAAGCACAAGCUCGAAUCCCCAGCCCUGAAACAAGCGUCACCAGCCUGUCUACCAACACUACAACCACAAACACCACUGGCCUCACUCCAAGCACCGGCAUGACCACUAUAUCUGAGAUGCCAUACCCAGAUGAAACAAAUCUGCAUGCUACAAAUGUUUCACAGACAAUCGGGCCAACCCCUGUCUGCUUACAACUGACAGAAGAAGACUUGGAGACCAACAAGCUGGACCCAAAAGAAGUUGAUAAAAACCUCAAGGAAAGUUCUGAUGAGAAUCUCAUGGAGCAUUCUCUUAAACAGUUCAGUGGGCCAGACCCCCUGAGCAGUACGAGUUCUAGCUUGCUUUACCCCCUCAUAAAGCUUGCAGUGGAAGUGACUGGGCAGCAGGACUUCACACAGGCUGCAAAUGGCCAAGCAUGUUUAAUUCCUGAUGUCCCACCUGCUCAGAUCUAUCCUCUCCCCAAGCAACAGAACCUUCCUAAGAGACCUACUAGUUUGCCUUUAAACACCAAAAAUUCAACAAAGGAGCCCCGGCUGAAAUUUGGCAGCAAGCACAAAUCAAACUUGAAACAGGUAGAAACUGGAGUUGCCAAGAUGAAUACAAUCAAUGCUGCAGAACCUCAUGUGGUGACGGUCACCAUGAAUGGUGUGGCAGGUAGAAACCACAGCGUUAACUCCCAUGCUGCCACUACCCAGUAUGCCAAUGGGGUAGUACCAUCUGGCCAGACAGCUAACACAGUGGCACAUAGAGCCCAAGAAAUGCUGCAGAAUCAGUUCAUUGGUGAGGACACUCGGCUGAAUAUUAAUUCCAGUCCUGAUGAGCAUGAACCUUUACUGAGACGAGAGCAACAGGCUGGCCACGAUGAAGGUGUUCUGGAUCGUCUUGUGGACAGGAGGGAACGGCCACUGGAAGGUGGCCGAACUAAUUCCAAUAACAACAACAGCAAUCCAUGUUCAGAGCAAGACGUUCUUACACAGGGUGUUCCAAGCACAAUAGCAGACCCUGGACCAUCAUCAAAGCCUAGAAGAGCACAGAGGCCUAAUUCUCUGGAUCUUUCAGCCACGAAUGUCCUUGAUGACAGCAGUUUGCAGUUAGGUGAGUCAACACAAGAUGGCAAAUCAGGAUCUGGUGAAAAAAUCAAGAAACGUGUGAAAACUCCCUAUUCUCUUAAACGGUGGCGCCCGUCCACCUGGGUCAUCUCCACUGAACCACUGGACUGUGAGGUCAACAACAAUGGCAAAGACAGGGCAGUUCAUUCUAAAUCCAGCACCGCUGUUUACCUUGCAGAAGGAGGCACUGCCACAACCAUGGUGUCAAAAGAUAUAGGAAUGAACUGUCUGUGAAAUGUUUCCAAGCCUAUGGAGUGAAAUUAUUUUUUGCAUCAUUUAAACAUGCAGAAGACAUUAAAAAAAAAAAACUGCUUUAUUCUCCUGUCAGUACCCCCUCCCACCCCUGCAACAAGGACUUGCUUUAAAUAGAUUUCAGCUAUGCAGAAAAAUUUAGCUUAUGCUUCCAUAUUUUUUAAUUUUGUUUUUUUUUUAAGUUUUGCACUUUUGUUUAGUCUCGCUAAAGUUAUAUUUGUCUGUUAUGACCACAGAAUUAUAUGUGUGUGUAUCAAAAGUGGUCUCAAAAUAUUUUUUUAAGAAGAAAAAGCAAAAACAAUGUAUUGCUGAUAAUCAGUUUGGACCAGUUUCUAAAGGUCAUUAAAUCAGAAACAAAUUAAGACAGGUUUGACUGCAGUGGUGUCUGGUAUCCAUGUUUUCUUUCUGGGCACAAGCUAGUUUAUAUGUUGAUAUGUUCCUGAACACAUUAUCUGUUGGACUUUCUUUUCUCUUGUGUUUUGUUUGAAUGUGCAAUAGUCUAUAGGCCACAAAUAGCUUUCUCAUAAGUUCUCUUCCUAACAGAAUACGCAUUCUUCCAUGAUAUGAACAUUUUCCUCCCCCAUCCUCCAUACUUUUAGCAGGUCAGUUCUUUGACAGUGAAUUUUUGCACAAGAGAAAGCAGCUACCUGAUUUCUUGCUUUCUCUCUCCUUAUGGAGAAUGCAAAAGCAUUGUCUCAAAGGGCUCUAAAGAAGGAACUACCAAAACCUAAUUUGAAAUGCCAUUUCUUUUAUCCUUCCAAAUCCUAAACAUUUCCUUCCAGGCAUUUUAAUAAACAUAUUUCGUUCUGGUUUUGGAAGUUCAUAAGAGCAUAGAACAAUGAGCAAGUCAAACAUUAGCUGUUUUCCAUUUUAUUUUAUUUUUUUAUAUGUAUGUUCAUGUUCCAUAUUCAUUUAUUUAAGUAGCACAUUUUUAUCAGAAAACUUAUAGAGCUAUACUUAUAUGGAAUUUUUAAGUAGAUAGAUGGUUAACACAAUAUAGUAUUAUAGCCUUCAUUCUCUGAAUAGGCCAUGUUUGACUCAAAUAAAAUUACAUCCUGUUUAAAAUAACUUCACAAGUAAUUCAUAGUUUUGAACUUGUAGUAUCUUUUUUUUUUUCUUUUCCCAAGCAAAGCCUGGUAACUUUAUCUGAAAAUGAUUCCUCUUCCCAUGACCUAAAACACUGUGUGGAAAAAUCAUUCAACUGGCAUGCCAAAUCCCUGUGGAAGGAAGGAUUGCUGCCAAACCUGUCAUUUUUGAGCAGCCUGAGACUUAACCUCUCUCUUUUCAAAACUGUUUCUUCACUAAUCCUUUUUUCAUAAUUUUUCCAUUUGCCAGUUUUUCAUAUCAUCUUUGAUAUGUGAGCAUUUAUCAUUUACAUUAUAUUAGAAUGUACCUUUUAGUGAUAACAUUAUGUAUAUUCAAAUCAUGUUGUUUUUUAAAAGCUUCCUUUGCUGCUUUCAUUACUGAUGAUCGUCUCAAACAAUCUCUGCAUGUUUUUUUAAAUAAAGCACUUUAUG